CCUCACUACUUUGCGUGUCAAACCUCGCGCCCUCAAUCCAUCGCGGAUUUGUUUCAAUUUUUUAAAAAAAUGAAAUACAAUGUUUAAAAAUGUUAAGCUGUAUGCAUGUGUACAUGUACAAAUCAUAGUUUUAUAAAUUCAUAUCAUUCAUAAAACGAGAUCUAUAUAAAAGAAAAUUAGGUCCAGGUCGAAAUGAUCAUACGUCGAGCAGGAUUUUCCCAUAAGAAUACAUUAUAAAUCCAUUAAUUCCUUCCACAGACCGAAAACCUAAAUUCUUAAUAGAUACUAAUGUUUCUAUCGCAAAUAUCAAUUACAAAGAGCAAAACAAAUAAAUUAUAAAUAAAAAUCGGAAUGAUAAUAAAAAUAACCGGGUUCUAAUGUGGCGAAUGUGUUUGAGUGGUGUACCUGAACACAUCGCGUGGCUGACUUGAUACUUUCACUUUGUUUACUUGCUGUGGGGGACACAAGGCGUGUUUUGUUCCACAAGUUGAUGGAAUAAAUGCUUAGAAACCUGACGAAGCUGGCGAUUUCUUUGGCAAUGUUACCACAAUAAUAAGUGCCACCUUAACUUUUAAAGAUUGGCGACCGGAGGAGGACCGUCAUAGACCGUCUGCGGCUGUGUUGUUGAGCGAGCCAUAUCACGGAUGCGCACCCCAUGCUCAUAUUUUUCUAUCAUAUCUAUCUUCAUGUCAAUGGUAACAGUAGGCAUCACCUUUUUCCUUUUUUUCCACCACCUGCACCAACAUUGUUGGAACCAAUGUUGAUUUCUCUCAUAAGACAGUCUGCCAUGCGUCAGUCUUGCUGGAAAACAAAGAAACUGGUGCUGUCAUAGAUCGACGUAUUUAGAGCAUGUCGUUGGGUGUAGAAACAAAUGCCGUGUCAAAUUUUACGUCGGAUGUCGAAAAGAUCGUGUGUCGAAAGCGAUCGUAUGUCGAGGUACCAUUGUAUGUAUUUAUUUCAAAUGCUGUUAAAAUCUGAAUAAAAACAUUGAACACAAAAUAAAAGAAAAAAGAAGUAAAUACGCCUGGCCUGUACUUCGCGGAUUUUAGAUUUUCGCAGGGGGAGGGUGCGGUCCCCAUUAACCGUGAAAAACGAGGGAUGACUGUACACAGUAGUCGCCGGAAGUCUUUCGGGUUUUAUGGCGGUUAGCACCUAACGUUCAGGUGCGUUAACGCCGACUACUGUACACCUUAGAUACUAUACCCAAGUUCUGUCUCCUUCAAAAACCCUAUAACUGUAAAUCUUUCUUUUUUACCCUAAUGCACUUAUUGCAACAAUAUGUACUGACAAACUAUCCUAUUGAUAUUCCCGCCACGCCCUUUAGAUGGCGGUAUACCCUGCACAUUCCACUUUGCAGGCUUCAAGUUGCUUAGGAGACCAUGUGUUUACUUCCUAUUCCACUAUAAACUUUUUUUGACCAAAGUUGAAUUGAAACGAUGUUUUUUUUUUUUUUCAUAAUCACACAAUACUAGUCUAUUAAUUUUUAUAAUUCUUUUUUUUUCUUAAAUGACUCUGAGAUGAUACAGGGCAGUUCAAAUUUAGUAAGGUAUUCUAAACUCUGUCAUCCUGACUGCGACGGUCAGCACGACGAUGGUUUGCAUGAAGUCCCGUUGUUCUUUGUUUUAACUUAUCAGAGAUAUGAGGGGGACACCAGAGAAGGCAUGUUCCAUGGGAGAGGAACUGCCAAGUUUAAAGGAGGCCAUUCUUAUACGGGUAUGUUCUCCUUGGGAGCUAUGCAUGGACAAGGCGUCUUUACCUGGGCUGACAAGGUGACUUAUGAGGGCGAGUUUGUGCGCAACAUGCCGAUGGGCCAGGGUAAGUAUACUUGGCCAGACGGCAGUACUUAUGAAGGUGACGUGUGGUAUGGUGUCAGGCAUGGCAAUGGAAUCCACAAAAGCGGCAAUGUGACAUACAAAGGGCAAUGGAAUCACAGCAGGAGGCACGGAAAGGGUACUGUGUAUUACAACCAAGAAGAGACAUCUUGGUACAAAGGCAACUGGGUGUUGAACGAAAGAGUGGGCUGGGGAGUAAGAUGCUACCCCUCUGGAAACAUUUAUUUUGGUGAGUGGAAGCAGAAUUUGAGAUAUGGAGAGGGCACCAUGAGGUGGCUGAGUCUGGGACAGCUCUACGUUGGGAACUGGCAUGACGGGGUCCAGGGUUACAGGCAUGGACCGGGAAUCUUUUACUACGCUGGCGGGGCCAUCUAUGAAGGAGGAUGGCAGGACAAUAAAAAACAUGGGAAGGGAAAGGUUACCCUUAAGGACGGCUAUGAAUUUGAAGGACAAUUCCUUAAUGACAAGAUGGUAUCUCCCAUUAUGACAGCAAACCAAGCCCCUGUUCUACAUGGUAUGGCUGAAUCUCUGGGACCGGACAUGACUGUCAACAUAGAUUGCGCUUUGGAAAAAAUCCCAAAUAGAAACCAAGCUGUUGAGCACAAACAAGUUAGGUUUUUACUGCUCAGGUACAAGACAGAGCUGAGGUCCAUCUAUCGCUUCUAUUGCCGACUGGGCCAACCUCAGAUUCCAGGCGGCGCCUUCUUGCUGUCCCGCAUGCAGCUGUGGCGCUUGCUCAAAGACUGUUACGUUCACCAUCGGUGCGCCAGCUUGGCGCAGCUCGACCUUUACAUUCGAGAUAACCCAGACCCAGCAGAGGUUCACUCCCCCUUUACUCCCAUAAUGCUCAGUCGCUUCCUCAGCUGCCUUGUGAUUAUUGCCUACCACAUCUAUCACAAAGAAUUGGAGUCAUCAAAUUACAUCCUGGCUGAAUGCUUCUCCAAAUUGCUGACGGAUGACAUUUUUCCAAAUGCCAAAAACGUCAAAGGCUUCCUUUUUAAACCACCAGAACGAACAAUUGUGGCUGUGGACUUCCUCACAAAAUCGUGGAAGGUUUAUCAGGCCUACUGCAAGGUCAACAAACCCCCUAGGGAUGACAGCACCAUGACAAACCGCCACAUACUGUGGAUGUAUCAGGAUCUCGACCUUUACGAUAGCGAUUUGACCAUCUCUAGGGUAAUGGAGAUCCUCUCUGCAGAGACCCUUGAUCCCAGCAAUAUGUCUGCCUGCAUGGAAAUAGAGAUUGUAUUCCUGGAGUUUUAUGAGGUUCUUCUUGGUUGUGGGGAGGUCAAGUGUCAGCAGAUGACUGGUCCUUACCCCAAGAUUGGACCAUCGCGAUCCUCAUCAGCACUAGCUCGUCAGUGGCAACAAACGCUGGCCCAAGACCGUGAACUGGAUGCAUGGAGUCAUAAAAUCCAUCAUUUCUUCAAACAGAUCUUCUUCCCUGCUGUUGACCUGCUUCACUUACUGUAAUCGGCAAAAGCACGAUUGUAUCUCAGCAGACAGCCACUAAUAUUCUAUCGCUCUUUUUUUUUUUUUCUGCACAACUUUUGUGUCAUUACCAGGAGUGAAAUCGGCUUCUUUACCUGUCCCUGACAUAAAGGUCGGCACUGAGCCUGAUUUGUUUUUUGUGGGGGUGGGUGGGUAGUGCAUGCAUUAGGCUUUUGAACCGUAGCGUACAUAAUGAAAAAUCCCAUAUGAUACACUACGAUUCAAAAGCUUCUUUAGUUUUGUUAACAAAAAUAAAUGCAAUUGACAUAUUAUGCACAGUGAAAUUUAAUAUAUUUUGAAGAUUAGGGGAAAAAAAAGUCAAUGUUUCCGUUAGUUAUUAAGGAAAUAUAUACAGGGUGGUUACUUUAAAGAUACUAGAAUAUUAUACGUUUUUAAAAUUUCACCUUUAUUUGCUAAAUACUGUAAUUUUCAGACUAUAAGCUAUGGGGCGCCGUUUGUAAAGCAGUACAUGCAAAAAAUUACGACAAUUUUCUCACAUUUAGUGCUACAGUGUUUAAAAUGGUUUGAAAUUUUUAGUCACUUUUUUUUUUUUGCACAUUUACAACGCAAUUUAGCAACUUAAUAUUUAGUUUUUAAUAAGAAGUUUUAGACCUGACUGUUUAAAUCCAGAACUGAAUAUUUAAUUUUAAUCAUAAAUUUAGAUCCUAUAUCCUAAAUGUUAAAUCUGGAAACGGUUGGAACAAAAUAUUUAGCUUAAUAUGCAAAUUCACGUGACUGGAGACCGGACGUAACAAAAUAAAAGCUGGAGCAACUCAGACUCUUUACGUUGAUUAAAAAUGAAUAACACCUACUCAACGGUGGCAGUCGGUCGGCUCUUGGACAUGAGUCAUCUUGAUUAAAACAAUAUAUAGCUAAAAUACACAUUUAAGAGAAACUAUUUAAAGAGUAUUUUGUGUGCGCCACCUUUUAUUUGGUUACUUCCGGUCUCCUGUCAUGUGAAUUUCAUAUUAAGCUAAAUAUUUAGUUCGAACCGUUUCCAGAUUUAACAUUUAGGAUGCACGACAUAAAUUUAAGAUUUAUAUUAAAUAUUUAGUUCUGGAUUUAAACAAUCAGGUCCAAAACUUAUUAAAAAAUAUAUAUAUUUAAGUUGCCAGAUAAUGUUUUAAAUGUGUAAAAAAAAAGUGACACUAAAGAUUUUACACCACAUUUUAAACUGUGUGGCGCUAAAUGUGAGAAAAUGUCGUAAUUUUCACCAUGUACUGCUUUACAAACGGUGCCCCAUAGUAAACCACUACUUUUUCCCCUCAUUUUGAAUCCUGUGGCUUAUAGUUCAGUGCAGCUUAUUUUUUGAUUUAUAGGUAACACUUUAUUUGUAAAACCGUCGUAAUUAUGACAUGACACUGUCAUAGGCAUUACUGAAUGCUUAUGACAAUUGUCAUUAAGCGUCAUCAGGCAAAUUAUGUCACUAACUCCAUUUUAGGAAUGCAGCUAUCGAUUAUUUUAGUAGUCGAAUAAUCGAUGAACUAGUUCGUUCGAAUAAUCGAAUAAGGAACAUAAAGAAUUAAAACACCUGAGCUGAGCCUUUAACAGUUUACAAAAUAUAUAAAUGAGGACCUAUGUAGAACAAAAGAACAAUUGGCUAACUUACAUAGCAAAAGUCCGCUAGCUUAAAUGCUAAAAAAUGCUAGCGGUAUUUUUUAUUUAUUCUUUUUUUUUUACAAUGCUCUUAAAUGGUUCAGACACAUAUUCGCACAAAAACGGCUAAAUAUACCUAUAAACUAAGUUACGAAUGCAUUAAAAAAACAUUAGUCGAACAAAAACAUAGCUGAUGUUGGUCUUAACAGGGAGCAGCUGGAUUCAGCCAUGUAAAAUGAGGCAGACUAGAGGGCAGUGUAUCCACCCAAAAACUAAAUGCAAACACUCUCAAAACAAACCAUUACAACACCACUUUAAACGAAUACUCAAAGCAGCAAAAUAUAAUUCGAAUCUUAUUUUUCUAAUCGAAUACUCGAGUUAUACGAUUAAUCGUUGCAGCCCUACUCCAUUUAUGUCCAGUUUGGAUCUUUUACAUGAAUUCAAAAGUGAGCUCACAUUCCCGAUGACACUAAAUGACAUCUGUCAUAAGCAUUCAUUAACAGUCAUGAUGGUGUCAUGUCAUAGUUAUGAUUGUCUUAUGACAGUCUUACGGCACCACUGUCAAAUAAAGUAUUAACAAAUACCAUAACUAGCAAUUAAUGAAACAACAGGAACAGUAACUGAAUAAAUAAUUAGCACAGAACAUGAAUUUUGUCUGUAGCGCUGCAAUGCAUGCAAGGAGGUAUUUUGUACAACAAGUGCUGAUAGAGGUUGGCGGCAGAGGUUGACUGUCUUCCUCCGGGGAGCAGUGAUGGCCAAAUGAAGCUUUUUGAAGCAAUGAAGCUUUGCAGCCAAUUGCUUCAAAGCUUUAUGGUGGUUCAUUUGGCGUUAUGACAGUAUUAUAAUGGCGAAUAAAUUGUUACUGGUUAAUAUCUCGGUGUAAAUAUCCCAUAAUACAGCGAGGACACCUGCAGCUUAUAGACGAGUGCCGCUCAUUUAUGAACAAAUGCGGGUUUCGUCUCAAAUACGGUGGACAGCGGCUUAUAGUCAGGUGCGCUUUAUAGUCUGAAAAUUAUGGUACGUGGAAUAAAUAAUACAAAUCUGUGGAAACCGAUUACGCUACACAAGCACUUAAUUAGGCUUGUUGUUGACACUUUUGUAUGCAAAUUUGACAUUAUUAGAUUGUUCUUCUUGGAGAUAUGUGUGGUGCAGCCUGGCAGGUUGUUUUUUUGAACAUGGGGUUUUGACAGUUGGAGUCAUAUUUUUGGGAUCAAAGCAUUGUUCCAGUUCCGGCCUACCUUCACCCCUGGUCAAUACAUAAAAAAAAACAGAAUACCAUAGGAAGUUUUGGGCUACAAUAUCUUUAUUUGUGUUUCAAAAUAAAAUGCCAACAAUGUUAUUUUCCCUCACAAACAGAAUUAUAAAAGAACUUAUCAAUAUCACAGCGGUGGAGUGAAGUACAUGAGAUCAGUUGGGCAUACAGAUGGCCGGAUUCUGUCUUUGGGAUUCGGAGUGAAGAGAAGCAAAGCUGCCUCUACUGUCUGGCCCUGCAAAGAAUUUGCCAAAAGCAGUACAAAUAUUAAAAUCUUCCAAGAUGCAAAGUACUGGAGUUUUGUAUUAAUUAUAUUAAACGGAAAAAGAUAAGUUUGAACCUGUGGUAGCUGCACGGUUAAUGGGGAAGGUGCUGUUGUGACAGUGUGCAAAACUGAAGAAAAACAGAACAAUAAAAAGAUUUAUAGUGCAGCCAAAAGGAAAAGAAGAAUUGCAGUUAUUCCUUAAUGUGUAACAGAGUAUUGAUUAGAGUGUCAUACAGUUACAUCAUACCUUCUUCCGGGGAUGUCAUAUGUUCAGAUUGUGCAGUGAGGGCCUUUCCCAGCUGGUUACUGUCUGAAGUGUUUUCUAUUUUGGAGGGCCGAGGGGUGACAGGCAGUGGCGACUCUGAACAUCUGAGGGUUUGGUUAUUGGCACGGGCAAGUGGUGUGAGAGUGAGGUUGGACUGAACCGGCGUUCCUCCAGUUGCUCCCAAAGCGAGUGAGCGUCGAGUGACUCUUCUUGGGGUGUGAUUGCACAUGAGGGGAGAGGCCUGUGGAGGAGCUGCAGUGCUCAGGCGGUUGGAUCUUCUCACGCAAACUGUGGAAUACAAAGUAUACAACACUGCUGUUUGAGAAUUCUGGGGGAAUCGUGUAGUUUCAGUUUUAUUUCAACAGUGGAAGUGCACAUACUUAUUAUAUCUCGAGUCACGGGAAUAAUAAUGCAUUGUAAAAUAUUUCAACUGUCAAUUUUUUCCAAUGUCAUUCAGGCCUAAUUUAUAUGUAUAUAGCGGAAAACACAGACACGGCUUGAAAUAAACUGCUGUAUUUUAAGCCAAAACAACUAUUGUGUUUGAUAGAACAAUAUGUCUAUAUGCUGCCACAGCAGUUUCAUGGCGCAUUAAGCACCCAAACUACUUUUAAUUUGUCCA